AUGGCAGACGGAUAUGUGUUCGAACGGGUGAGCAAACAGUCCAGGACGCGAUGUGCUGUCACUCUAUGGAAGGGGGGGGGGGGGGGGGGGGGGGGGGGGGGGGGGGGGGGGGGGGGUUGUCAUGAUAGCUUGAAAGUGGAGAACACCGGAAUAAUUCUAAAGAGUUCAGGAAGAUUCAAGCAGAUGUAUUUCAAGAACUUAAACAUCUUGUCAGGCAAAGAAAAAUCUCCAAAAAAUAGAGAGACUGCAAGUACAAGAAACCAGUUCAGAGGAGCGUUUGUCACCUGUCCGCAUGUCAAAGAAGAGAAGGCUAUGUACCAUGAGGAAAAUUUUGAUUGUGUGGCUUCAGUUGUGAGGGAGGCAAAUGGAUUCAUUCCCAGUUAUACUGCAGCGCCUACCAUGGAAGAGAUAAUUUCAUGUCUUCGUGGAAUUAGCUUGCAACCCAUAACAGAUGCAGUUUCCGAGGUUCGUGCAGCACUAAGACGGAAGUGCAAAAAUGAGCAGUUCUGCCAAAAGAAGGAAUGA